ACGUACGUCAUUUCCUGAUUUUCUAUCUGUUGGUGUUCCAACAACCGUUCCUACGAUUACAAAGAGUAUACAAGUCUUCUAAACUCUUUAGUGAUUAUUCCUCGAGGUUAAAACUGUGCUUCUAUACUCUUUGGCACUAAUGUAAGACAAUGAUCCGACUAAUGAUCACAAUUUAAUUUUACCCACUACUGAAGACGUCAAGAAAACAACUCACGAGACUCCUGCCGACCUCAGCUUUAAAAUUUGAUUUUGACAAUGCCAAAGAAGAAGAAGCGCUUGCACAGAUGGCUUAAUUUGAAGGCUGCUGCUGUAACAUCCAGGAUCUUAAAAGCCAGUGAAAUGGCAAAGGCCCUGGAAGAGAAGGAGGCAGAGCUGAAGCCCACUCUGCAGAAGCUGAUGAGCUCGUCUGGCUCCCAGACGAAGGUCAACUUGAAGGAGAUGUCCCAGGAGGCCAACAGGGAGAAGGUCAAAGGCAUGCCCAGGUUUGGGAUCGAGCUGGUACAUCUCUCCAACCCAGAGGGCUUGGGUGUUGACGAGGACCUUCCCCUGCCUGGGCUCCAUGGCCCAUCCCCUCCCCCAGCCCAGGUUUCACCUGACAGAGAGAGAGCGCUCAGGGCUCAAAGGGUGGAACAGCCCAGAGUAGCAUCAGGGUCCCCUGUCUCUCUGGAGGAACCUAACUUGUGUCAUGGCCACAAUGGAGAAGUGGUCCACAGAGCUGAGAAGAAGAAGAGGUGUAACACUGAUAGCGGAUUACCUGGUGUAUCUGCUGACCACAGCGGGAAAAGGCGGAAAGUGAAACUAAAGAGUGCAGACCAGGUGGGUCAGCUGUUGGCCGUGUCUCUGAAGGAAGAGGAGCUGAGCCAGUCCAUGCUGGCCUUGGACACGUCUCUUAACCAGGCCCAAAGCUCACUGCAGGCUGCCUUCAUCAAAGUUCAGCAGCUCCUGGUGACCAAACAGCAGAUGAUUACAGAGAUCAAUUGUCUGCGAGCCAGGCGUGUUGAGGAAUCUUCUCUGGGAAACACCGUCUUUUGAAAUUCCUUUUUCGAACAAAAACGACAACGAGGCCCAGUGAUGUCAUUUCCUGUCUGCCACCUCUGAUCUGCAGGUGGAUACUUUGUGGUAACUAUUAACGACGACACAGCUACAGCAGUGUUGACCCACAACUCCCUUCCUACUCCUCUUGUGCUGUCAUACUCCUUCGUGGCCUCCUCCAUCCUGCCCCCUGUGGCCUGCUCUCCUCCCUCUCUGACUGUCUCUGCACACACUGGGCCCCUUGCACCCUGCCUUGCCCUCCACAGUCAACCCUGACCCCCCAACACCUACCCCUCUCCAAGUUGCCAAGUCAGAUGGACAAGCUUUCCCACCCAGUCUGGAAACGGUAAAGUCUGACCCGAUCCUAGAGGCUCCAAAUCUGACCCAGAAGAAGGUUCGGAGAGAAACAUGAAGUCAACCAGAUUCCAUUUAAUUCAAAUGCGAAAGGAUUGUUCAUUGUUUUAAAUGCAAUAAUUAUCGGGUACAGAAUUUUAUACAUAAGUGUAUUAUACUUUUCCCAUAUUCAAAAAUGAAAGAGAGAACUAACAAUGGGUUAGACUGGCUUGGCAAGGAGUUCAGUGAACAUAUGAACUGGGUCUAACUGAUGUGCAUUAUUUGCUUAACUGCAAUGAAGUGAGUGUUGUGGGAGAGAUUGACUUUCAGCAGAGGGUACAAGUUGAUAUAUUAUUAUUUUUCAAAAUCAUCAAAAGUCACUUCUUGAAGUAAUUUGUUUCUUAUUAACCCAAAUGUAGAAAAUAGUUUUCUAAGCAAUUCAGUUUUGAGGGGGAAGUUUACUUGUGUUGUUGUUCUGUAUUUUUUUUAAUAUAGUUACCAUCCAACUGCAAAUUUGAUUCACUUUGAUAACCAAACUCGUACAUUGUUUAAAUAAAUGUGCAGAUGAUUUAGUUAAUGCCACUGUAGUGCCACUCAGUGUGAAAAUAAAAAGAUGCAUCAAAUGCUUUGGAUGAACUG